AUGGCGCGCCGUGAGUCUCUGUCUGAGAUUCGCGCCGCCAAUCCCGAGCUCUCCCUGACCGGAAACAUCAUCUCCGCGACAUUCAACAUCCCGCAUGCCGUGACAUACCACAAGGGUGGCGCCUGGGACCUCAAACCCCGCCGUGGCCAGUCCGCCCUCAUUGAUGCCUUUGCCUAUCUUUCCUCCGAUGCGACGCCAUGGACACACACCGUGGUCGCCUGGACAGGCGAGAUUGGAAAUCCCGACGACGGCCCGCUGUCUCCUCCGGAUACUCCCUCGGCUACGGUCACCACCGCCACAUCGGUGAAUGCGCUGUCGGCCCCCGUGCCGAUUGAUGCUACAACACGACUGCCUACGCCCCCCCCUGUUGAUGGCCUUUGGAUACCAAAGGCGGACCAGACCCGGCUGGAGCAGCAGCUGUCUCAUAGCAAGACUAUCCGCACAGUGCCUGUUUGGCUUGCUGACGAGAGCGAAGCUACCGAAGAUGGCAUCAUGCUCAAGGACCAGGCCCGAUGGCGGCGCUACGCUGAGCAUGACCUCUACACGCUCUUCCACUACAAGCAGCACGAGCCUACGGAUGGCCGCAAAGAGCGCGCCCAGUGGGCAGAUUACUACCGCAUGAACCAGAAGUUUGCCAACAAGAUUAUUGAGAGCUACAAGCCUGGCGAUGUAGUCAUUGUUCAUGAUUACUAUCUCCUGCUGCUGCCCAGCAUGCUGCGCCAGCGUGUCCCGAACAUGUACAUAUCCUUCUUCUUGCAUUCCCCCUUCCCCAGCAGCGAGUUCCUCCGAUGCUUGCCUCGCCGGAAAGAGGUGCUCGAGGGCAUCCUGGGUUCCAACCUUGUGGGCUUCCAGUCGUACAGCUACUCCCGACAUUUCCUCAGCUGCUGUACGCGCAUCCUUGGCUUCCCAUCCGAUACUCUCGGCAUCGAUGCGUACGGCACUAGGGUACAAGUCGGUGUAUUCCCCAUCGGCAUUGAUGCUGCCAAGGUAACGACAGCUGCCUGGGCAGAUGAUGUAAACGCGAAGCAUGCGGCGCUAUUGAAGAUGUAUGAAGGCAAGAAGAUCAUUGUUGGACGAGACCGGCUGGACAGCGUUAGAGGCGUAGCCCAAAAGCUUCAAGCUUUUGAGCGAUUCUUGGAAAUGUACCCCCACUGGAGAGAAAAGGUAGUUUUGAUUCAGGUGACAUCGCCCACUAGCGUGGCGGUCGAAAAGGACGAUCCGGACAACAAGGUUGCUAGCCGAGUCAAUGAGCUCAUCAUCAAGAUCAACGGUGAAUAUGGCAGCCUUGGAUUCUCGCCUGUACAGCACUACCCACAGUACCUCAACCAGGCCGAGUACUUUGCUUUGCUCCGGGCAGCAGACAUUGGCCUCAUCACAUCGGUACGCGAUGGCAUGAACACGACGAGUCUCGAGUACAUCAUUUGCCAAAAGGACAACAAUGGCCCUCUUAUCCUGUCAGAGUUUAGUGGCACAGCUGGUAGCCUCCGCGAUGCAAUUCACAUCAACCCCUGGGACAUUACCGGGGUGGCGGAAAAGAUCAACACGGCUCUGACCAUGCCUAGCGAGGAGCGCACUAAGAUGCAGGCUAGCCUCUACGACCAUGUCACGACACAAAACGUCCAGUCAUGGAUCAGUAAAUUUGUUCGCAAGGUGCAUACUGCGCUGGGCGAAAGCAACUCGGCCAACUCGACGCCCUUGCUUGAUCGAGCCCUCCUGCUAUCCCGUUAUCGCGCGGCAAAGAAGCGACUGUUUAUGUUUGAUUACGACGGAACGCUCACUCCCAUUGUGCGUGAACCGAGCGCGGCUGUCCCGUCUGAACGCAUCAUUCGCUACUUGAAGUCGCUUGCGGCGGAUUCUAGGAAUGCUGUCUGGAUCAUCUCGGGCCGAGACCAAGAGUUCCUUCAGCAGCAUCUGGGACACAUUUCUCAAAUCGGAUUCUCUGCCGAGCACGGUAGCUUUAUGAGGGAUCCUGGCAGCGAGGAGUGGAUCAACUUGGCAGAGAAGUUUGACAUGGGCUGGCAAGCAGAAGUCAUGGAGGUCUUUCAGAAGUAUACAGACAAGCUUCCAGGUUCCUUCAUAGAACGAAAGCGCUGCGCCCUGACCUGGCACUACCGACUUGCCGAGCCCGAGCAGGGUAUGCACAUGUCACGCGAGUGCCACAAGGAACUGGAAAGCGGGGUGGGCCAGAGAUGGGAGGUCGAGGUGAUGCCUGGCAAGGCUAACAUUGAGGUACGCCCGACCUUUAUCAACAAGGGCGAGAUCGCCAAACGGCUGGUGGCCACGUAUCACAACCCGGGAGCUGCACCGACAGACAAGGACCCACACCCCGGAAAAAUUGAGUUUGCUCUCUGCUCCGGAGACGAUUUUACAGACGAGGACAUGUUCCGCAGCCUUAACGGGGCUUCAGGAACAGUUUUGGACAAUCAACACGUCUUUACGGUAACUGUGGGGGCAAGCACCAAGGUGACCUUGGCCAAAUGGCAUCUCCUGGAGCCCGAAGACGUUAUCGAGUGUGUGGGAUUGCUAGCUGGAGCUGGUGACCCAGCAAGCCUUGAGCGUGUGGGAGAGGUGAAUCUAGCAGCUCUGAGUACUGUGGAGGGACACAUUCCCGAAGAGGAGCUAUAA